UAACUUUCUUAGACUGACAACCUACAAUUGGAUUGAUGGUGUUAAAUAUGCCACCACAAUCUCAGUUUGUUCCACCACCCCACCAGAAACUGGCUGGUUCUCAGCAUCUGACUGUCUGAUUUCUGAGUCCAGUGGCCUUGGCAUUUCAGUUGCUAAUUCCAUCCUUGCCUAUUUUUUUGAUUCAGAAUCAGAGCCAACAGCCUUUGAAGGCUGUAAUAUGGGAGAAGCGGGCUCAAUCCCCACAUGAGCCUUGGAGAGUCGCUGCCAAUCAGUAUUGACAAUACCAGGAUGGACCAAGGGUCCGACUUUGUCUAAGGCGUUUCACCUUGACUCUCACUCAAAUGCAAUGGCAGCCCAGAACAACUCUUCUCAAAGGAUUGGCUUGUACAUCAUUCUGUUUCCAGCAUCCAACCUUUCUGGCAAGAAAGGAUUCCUCUGCCUUAAGUGACGUGGCAAAUGGGUCUCCCCUGGUUGACGAGCUGCCUUUCGAAGCCACCAGCAAAGAAGCCUAUUUCAGCCGAGUGGAAACAUUUACCUCCCUCAAAUGGGCCGGCAAGCCCCACGAGCUGUCGCCCCUGAUCUGCGCCAAGUACGGCUGGAGCAACAUCGAGUGUGACAUGCUGAAGUGCGCCAGCUGCCAGGCCUAUCUCUGCGCCAGCCUGCAGCUGGCCUUUGACUUCCGCAAGUACAAGGAGAGGUGCUUGGAGCUGAGGAAAGCUUUGUCGGCCGCUCAUGAGAAGUUCUGCUUCUGGCCAGACAGUCCGUGCCCAGAUCGCUUUUCCGUCUUGCUGGUUGACGAGCCUCUGGCCCUUUUCAACGAGUUUCUGGAGCGCUUUCAGAGUCUGGUUCCACUGGAGCUUCAGCUGCCCUCGCUGAAACCAGAAGCUCUCAAAAGUAUGUCCUUGACGGAAGAGACGAUCGGCCACCUCCUGCAGCUGAUUGAGGAUGCCGAAUGCAAAACCGAGGGUGAGAGAACGCCCACCAGGCGCGCUUCGGACCUUCUGCAAAUCCACAUCACGGCUUGCGUGUUGGCCCUCUGCGGCUGGAUGAGCAGCCCUCCCGUCGGAUCUGUGCACCUUCCCCUGAUCUCCUGCUGCCGCUGCAUGAGGAAGGUGGGGCUCUGGGCCUCCCACCAGAUCGAGGCUGCCCUCCCGGAGGCGGAGCACCCCUUCCCCCCGAGCGGCGCUCCUGCCACCCCUGCGGACGGGCGCCCUGACAAAGUCCCCGUCGUCCCCACCUCUCCACGCCGGAUGAUCACCCGGAGCCAGGAUGCGGGGUUCCCCCUUGGGACCGAGCAGGCCGAGAAGAGCCCGUCCCCGCUGAUCACCCGUGUCCGGAGCUUCGACAGCUCCAGCUCCGGCUCGGGGGAGCGCCCCGACAUGGACACGGCCAGCCCGGCCACCCGCACCCGCCCGGUGACCCGCAGCAUGGGGCAAAGCGACGCCUGCGGCUCCGGGGCGGAGGCGCCCUCCUGCCCGCACCGGAGGGCCAAGCGCGCCCGCCUCUGCUCGUCCGGCAGUUCGGACUCGUCUGCCCGGAGCUUCUUCGAUCCCAUCUCCCAGCACCGCGACUGGUGUCCCUGGGUCAACACGGUGAAGGAGAUGGUGGCCGGAGGGGACCGCUCGGAGGAGAUGGCGGAUCUCGGCUGGCAGGUCGUUCUGAAGGCUCUCCAGGCCUCCAGGCCAUCGGAUCGGCCAGCAGAAGUGGAGUCGGAGAAUCUCUCCGUGAAAUCCCGUAAGGUGUUCCGGAUUUUCCGGCAGUGGGAAGCUACCUGUUCCCCCUGAAGACCUUGGCCUUUGAUGGCAUCGAGAAAUUGCGAAGUGCAAUUCAUGGGACUGAUCUCUCUCUAUUGAUAAGAGUGCCGGAGCGCCGUUGUUUGCGUCGGAGCCAAAUCUGACCCAGAGAAACCUGCCUUUUGAGGACCUGUACCCUGCGGCCUGGAGCGAUACUCGGGGCAGUGCCUGCGACACGGGGAGGUUGUGUGUGAACAGCAGUCCAUGCUCGCCAUUUCAGUCCCUUUGGGGGUCUCUGCAGACGUUUCGUGAAGCCUUCCAUUUCCCUGAAAGGCUCCCCUAGACUUAAUCAGGCGCAUCUACCUGCAAACCAAGUCAGGAGACUUCACACAUUGUGCACUCAUGUAUGUCUUUGCUACUAAAAUUAAGGUGGUUUUGUGCUCACCGCUCAUGUCCUGCUCCUUUGCAGCGAGGCAUCCUGGGAUUUGUAAAUCACUCGGAGUCCAUUGGGUAUCAAACAGAUGAUUCUCAGCACCUGCAUAAACUACAGUUCCCAGCAUGCUCAAGGGGGAUGUCCCGGGGAGCUGUGGCAUCUAAAUGAAUAAAACCAUUUCCAGUUUGUAAUGAUGAUGUGUCAUGCGUGGUUUUGUAGCCAGGCUGCGAUUUGCUCCUUUUAAGCCAGCUUCGAGAGCCAUUCAUGACGCAUUUUCCAUCUUCUUAAUCUUGCAUACAAAAAGAACGUCCAGCGACAUUCUGAGAUUGCUCAGGGCCUUUGCGUUCUCUAUGGAGAAGCUUUGUGCUCCUUAUCAAAGCAACCUCUGCUUUGCAAUUUGAAGUCACCCAAAAAUCACUUUCACCUGGAUACGUUUCUGAAGGCUGGCGGUUUGUUUGCUGCCACUUCAAUGUUCAUGUCUAGAAAAGCUGAAUUCUGCUACUUUGUACGCUGCUUGCAAAUGUUAUCAGGCUACGUAAAAUUGGUAUGUUUGCAAAUUUGUAAAAAGUUAUACAAAGGCAUACAAUCCAGAUUUUUCUUUUUUUAUUUUAAUGCAAAUAGAGCCACAUUCCAUUCUAGGCAUGUUGAAGAAAUGAAUUCACAAUUAAAACCACACUAUCCUAA